CUUGCUGAGCAUGGCUACGUUCAAGGAGUCACCUCGACACGGCAUUGGACUCCAGAUAACAGAGCUUUCAUGGUAAGGAGGUGAGAUAGUGUGAAACUCCACCAUCCACGACCACUUGUACGAAACUUAAUGGAUCCUCCUGGAAGGCGACACGCAGCGAUCCAAAGACAAGAUGCCAGCGCCACCGAUCUCCCCAUGCCUCUGACGGCGGAUCUACAAGACAUGCACCUUUACGAGUACCCUGAUGUCUUCCCUGGCAGUGACGAGGAGCAUCUGUAUGAGAGCACCUUGUCUGGGCUCAUUUCGCCCACUGAACCCAAAGGUCCUGUCUUGGCUAAUGGGGAAGGACGAGGUGCUCGGACUACAAACCCACCACAGAGCACCAACGGUCCUCCCGUUCCGCUCAGAUCCAGGGCACCCACCCCACCUCUGCCCCCCAGACAAGGCCGUGCGCCCCCUCCUCUUCCUCCCAGGACGCAUCCGCCCCUCAACAGUUACAAAAAGAGGUUUUCCUGUGUCUUCCCUGAGCCUGUUAACAAACUGAAUCGUACCAGCACAGUAUCAGACAAUCAUGAUCCAUGGGCCAUCAGGCUCGUAGACACUCCGGAGGGCAGCACCAAGAGGGUGGCUUUUUUUUGUGCUGCAGUUUCCCAGCUGAUGUCACGGUACAAACACACAGACAGUGUUCACAACUCCGGCGUGGUAUGGGGUCGAAUUUCACACGUCCACCUUGCUCUGCUGCAACAGGUGGAGGUGACGGUCAGUGUAGCCACAGACUGGGACAAUAAUCAGCUCCCCUUCCCCACCUCUGUGAACAGGACAGUAAAGAGUCUGAUUGAUGAAAUCUUCCAGCUGCUGGACCUCACUCCCAUCGCAGGUGGACAUUAUGUAUUAAAACUGUGUGACUCUGAGGAGUAUCUCAGAAAUGACGAACUGCUGGGUAUGCACGAGACAAUUCAGAUCUACUCCAAGUUUAAACUAGUCGUGCCUCUGCGACUGCUCCACGUGAACAAACUCAAACACGAGCUGGCCAGAGAUGCUGAGGAUGAAAGGACCGUAUGCCAACUGUCCCAGCUCCAGCGUCCCGUCUGCGUCUCCAUCCCCUGCAAGCUGAGUCUGCAGGAUGUGCUCAAUGACUACUACAGAGAGGCGUCAGAGCUCAUAAGAAGUAAGUGUGGGAUGAACACAAAUGUGCUUGCGAGCAAAGUUCAUACCAUCAGCAACCUUCUGUGUGGACUCUCAUGUCAGGAGCUGGAGGAUGCCAUCGGCAGACUCAACAGAAUCAGUCCCAUAGCUCUGAGUCAUGAUGAGAUGUAUGACUGUGAGGCUGCUGUGAUCAUGCUCCACGGGGCGCUGCUUAAAGUGCUGCAGAUAUUCUUUGACAACUUCCAGUCGGACUUCAGAGGCGAGAAGAUAACCGGCAGCCCGCAAACCUGUGACGUGGAGAACAACGGUGACAUUUUUCAGUUCAAUAUCGCUGCUGUCUACAAACUACAGCCCUCCUGGAUAACCACCUACGAGUCCUUCUCUGUUUCCUGUGAGCUGACAUAUGGAGGAGCAAAGAUCGGCGACAUCGGCGUUUCUGAAAAUAUCAGCACCGCAUUGUCACUUGGAAACAAAAUCCAGUGCUACCGCAAGAUGGUGUUCCCUGUUCCAGUUAAUCAGCUGCCAUACGAGUGCAUGCUGACAUUUCGCCUCAAAGGCUCCAAACGAGGCAAAAACCCCGAGUUAUUACGUUGGGCUGUGCUACCUCUGUACAACGACAGGACUCUCGUAAGAGGGACUGUCCUGCUCAGUAUGUCCACUCUGGCUGAGCUGCCUCUUCCUCCCUCCCCCGCGCUGUUUGACAGCCACAAACAAGCAGUUGGGGUCAUAAUGCAGCUUGAGUUUCAGGAUCAGUUUGAGUGGGUGUAUCAGAGGCCCAUCGCGCUCCCCGGAUCAGUCAUCUUCUCUCAGCCUUGUGACGAACUGCAGAGGAAAGUGUUGGAUGUUUCUAAGAAGCAUUGCCUCUGCUUUCUAACAGAGAAUGAGAAGUCUUUACUGUGGAGUAAACGUUACAACGCUGACAAGGGAAGCACUUUCCUCCAUCUGCUGCUGGGUGGAGCCCCCCGGUGGCAGCCUGAAGACCUGACGGAGAUCUACACUAUUGUAGAGAACUGGCCCAUCCAUCUACCUGAGGAGGCUCUUUUCCUGCUCAGCACCAGUUUUCAUGAUCAGACUGUACGGAAGGCUGCAGUUGAGUACUUUGAGCAGAUACCAGAUGGAGAGUUCGAGGAGUUUCUGCCACAGCUGGUCCAGGCUCUGAAGAGUGAGUGGAAAAUUAAUGGACCUCUGGUGAUGCUUCUGUUGGAGAGAUCGCUGAGGAACAUACGGAUCGCCCAGCAACUCUACUGGCUGCUGGAGGAUGCCCACAAUGACCCGUACUACCAGAACUGGUUCGGCAAAGUUCAGGCUGCCCUUCGGCACUGCUGUGGCCGAGCACUGAGGCAGGAGCUGGAGCAUGAGACCCGCCUGGUGUACCUGCUCGUACAGGUGGCUGAGAAAGUACGCAUCGUUGAGAAGGCUCGACGUAAGAAUGUUUUGAAUAAAGAAAAGUUGAAGAUUGAAGACUUCUUCAAAAAUGGUAUCAGUUGUUGUCUACCUCUGGAUCCUGCAGUCCGAGUGAAGGCAGUGAACUUGGAUGCCUGCAAGGUAUACAACUCCAAUGCUGCUCCUCUGGGGAUCUCAUUCAUCUGUACUGACCCUCUGGCCAAGAACGUCAGUGUCAUCUGCAAGACAGGAGAUAACCUGCGUCAGGACAUGCUGGUGCUUCAGAUAGUCCGUGUGAUGGACAGAGUGUGGCUCCAAGAGGGACUGGACCUGCAAAUGAUCACCUACAGGUGUCUCUCUACGGGCAGAGCUCAGGGCCUGGUGGAGGUGGUGCCUGAGGCGGUGACCCUGGCCAAGAUCCAUCAGGAGUGGGGUCUGGGCGGAACCCUUCGAGAAGACACACUGGAGAAAUGGUUCCACAUGUGGAACAAAACUAAAGAGGACUAUGAGAAGGCUGUGAUGACCUUCAUCCACUCGUGUGCAGGGUGGUGUGUGGCCACCUUCAUCCUGGGCAUCUGUGACCGCCACAACGACAACAUCAUGUUAAAACACAGUGGGCACAUGUUCCACAUUGACUUCGGCAAGAUUAUGGGCAACGCUCAGAAGUUUGGAAGCUUUAAAAGGGACCGAUCACCCUUCAUCUUUACAUCUGAGAUGCAGCACUUCAUCACAGGCGGGGGACAGAAGCCUCAGCGCCUGCAUCGCUUUGUGGAGCUCUGCUGUGAAGCUUACAACAUAAUCAGAAGGCGUUCUGCUCUGAUACUCAGCUUGCUGGAGCUGAUGCUACACGCGGGAAUGCCAGAACUGAAGGACUCUAAUGACCUGCAGUACGUCCAGAACAACCUCAGACCUCAUGACACAGACCUGGAGGCCACCUCUUACUUUACAAAGAAGAUUAAGGAGAGCAUGGACUGUGUUGCAGUCAAGUUUAACUUCCUAACACACAGCAUGGCUCAAGGCAAGAAACAAGAUACGGUAACCCGGGACGGCAUCCCUGCUCCCAGCACCAACAUCCAGGAAGCUGUCAUUCAGGGAUACAGCGUCAAAGGAAAAGAUGUGAUUUAUGACCUGAGAAUAACCAUUCACGAUGGUUUUCUAACCAGUGAGAAGACAUUUGGGCAGUUUGAGCUGAUCCACAAGCAGUUGCAGAAAUACUUUAUUGAAUCAACACUGCCUCAGUUUCCUUGCUGGUAUCAGAUGUCGUUCACACCGCGCAGGAAGAUGUCCCUGCUGAAUAAAUACCUAAAACAGCUUUUUGAGGGUCCAUGCAAAGGAAAUGAAUUUGUGUGCAGCUUGUUUCUGGAUGGCCCCAGCCAAGUUCAUGAAAGUGUGGUUACAGGAACCAGUCCUCAGAUCCAGCUAUACAUUUCUUACUCUCACUUCAAGCUGUCUGUCCUGGUGAAACACCUGAAGAACAUUAAGCAAGCAAACGGCUCUAACCCUGACGCCUACGUGGUGACGCGGCUGAGACCAGACCCUCUGCAGCGCUCCAAGAGAAAGACAAAGGUGGUUCGCAAUAACGACAACCCCACCUUCAACGAACUGCUGGAGUACAGCUACGUCCCGCUGCUGUAUGGGAUGGUGCUGGAAGUGACGGUGAAGAGCAAGAAGACUUUUGUGGCCGCAACCAACAUUAAACUGGAAGAGGAGUUGCUUCAAAAGGAGACCUGGUUUCCACUCGGGAACUGUGCAAUUUGAGCUGAGGGAGCCGCACUGUGGAGCUGCUGCCAGCAGGGGGAGCAACCACACCGAGGGAGAGAAUCCAUUCACAGAUUCUCCAGACUCCUAACUGGGAGGCAAAAUUCACCUGAGAGGAGGAUCAGUGCACUGUACACUGAACAAUGCAUUUAUGUCUAUUUAUCAGAUGCAACCUGACCUCACUCCAGAGCUGAAUACAGUGGCGGUGGAUGGGAUGUUUGGAUGAAGUUACAAAGCCGACUAAAAGACGCAGGAGACUGUUAAUUAUAGGAAGCAUCACUUAGCUGAUCAUUUUUAAAUUUCUAAAUGUUGAUCAAGUGAAGGGAACUCUUAAUUAGUGAGCUUUGUGGAUGUUACUUUGGUGACGAACGAAGAAAAAAGACGGUAUUAUGUAUCGUACUUGCACUUUUAUUUGUAUUUUGUCUUUGUUUUCUUAACCAUGAGUCAAAACAGUCCUUGUAAAUGUGUGCGUGGUCGAGACUGUUGAUGUGACAGAUUAAAGAGGAGGAGGUUGACACGGCGCUGUUUCAGAGCUACCUGCCCAGACUGAGCGUGUUUUGUCCCUUCGGGCUGUGUCAACUGGAUGUCCUUGACCAGUGGAAUUGGAGGCGGGAGGCAUGGUGGGGGGGGCGGUGAUGGGAGAGGGGGUGAGGAGGAGGAGGAGUGUGUGAGCAGGAUGACAACGCUGCCUCUCUGGCCGGAGGGGCUGACUUAACACUCUCCCCCUCACUCCAUCCUUUGUCUUAUCCAUCAGUGGCGUUCAGUUAUGCACAUGCAUGCACAAACACGCAAAGGCAGACGGUCACGUGGCAACGCAAGCACCCCUGAAAAAACACCUACACACACUCGCACUCUGACUCGCUCUUUCUAGGCUGAGGAGAGGUCUUCAUGUUAUCUUAAUGCUGUCCUCCUUCUGACAGGCCUGCUGACCCGUACUUUCCUCGGCCUCAUUCAUCGGAUUUAGUGAUGAACGAGGAUAGAAAUAGACUUCCCUGCACUGGAUUUGGUUCAAUAAUGUAUACCUCUGUGAAUGCUAUUUAUAUUAUUACCUGCUGGGUCUCUCGCAGGGAAGUAGGAUUUGAAGCAAAUGCUGGCUGCUGCUCUUUACUAGUUGAAUGUAUUUUGGCAUAAAAGCGUCAGUUUCAGCCCUAAUAGAAGAGUGACAGCUGUUGUUUUGGAGCUGAUGAACAUGCAAGAUUUUCAUGUGUGAUCAACUCCACCACAAUAACUGCCAAAAAAAUAAGAGGUUAUUUUACUUCUCAGUUAUCUACAUUAUUUCUCUAUUACUUGAGUGAAUGAUUGUGUCGUUUCAGCCCCACUGGAACCUUCUGGUCUUUUCCUCUGCAGCGCACAGUGCAGGCGGCGGAGGAGAGGAGAAAAAAAGGCAUAUCUAUUUUCUGACAAUAAAACUGGUAUUUAUAACUGAG